AUGAGUGGCUUUAAGCGUUCUAGCCUAGGCAACUCCCUAGUACAAUUCCCACCGCCGCCGCCACCCUCUUCCACGGGUCCAAAUCUUCCCAAGCCCCGUCAUCAUCGCACCGGCAGCAGCAGUAUGUCGCAAUCUGGCGAGGAUUUACAUUCACCCACCUAUUUGUCGUGGCGCAAAUUACAAUUGAGCAGAGCCAAGUUGAAGGCCUCCAGCAAAACAUCCGCCCUACUCAGUGGUUUUGCCAUGGUGGCCAUGGUGGAGGUGCAGUUGAACAACGAUACCAAAGUCCCAAAUGGAAUGCUCGUCGCCUUUGCCAUUUGCACCACGAUGUUGGUGGCCGUUCACAUGUUGGCCUUAAUGAUCAGUACUUGCAUCUUGCCAAACAUUGAGACAGUUUGCAAUCUGCAUAGCAUCUCGCUGGUCCACGAAUCCCCGCACGAACGUUUGCACUGGUAUAUUGAGACAGCGUGGGCCUUUUCCACGUUAUUGGGUCUGAUACUCAUCCUACUGGAGAUAGCCAUACUCUGUUGGGUGAAAUUCUACGAUCUAAGUCCACCGGCUGCUUGGUCGGCGUGCAUAGUCCUGAUACCCGUAAUGAUUAUAUUUCUGGCCUUUGCCGUGCACUUCUAUCGAUCCCUGGUGACGCACAAGUACGAGGUGACCGUCUCUGGAAUACGUGAACUGGAGAUGCUUAAAGAGCAAAUGGAACAGGAUCACCUGGAGCAUCAUAAUAAUACGCGCAAUAAUGGCUUACAUUAUGGAGCUUCUGGCGAUAUUGUUUAGCAAUAAGAAUUUUUUUUUGAUAGCGGAUUGUCAAUACUUGUAAAUUGCAAUCUUCAUAUGGGAAAAAGACAGCGACAGACUUAAAAUUAUGUAUGUAUCGUCUAAUAUAUAAUACUAUAUAAUAUA